GAUCGAGCUCGCAGGGAAAAAACAGCCGCCGCGAACGCGGUUCGAAUUUCCGUGCGGAGAGCUUUUUCCCUCUCCGCCGCCCCCUCCCCCUCUCUUCCGCGCCGCGCUCGCUGCCACGCUCGCUGCCGUGCGGCACAGAGCUCAACCUCGCACGCGCAAUGCUCAUAGAUCGAUACGUAUCCGAAACAUGCUUGCUAGGUUAGGACGGCUUGACGCGAGAAUAAUACACGAGCGCCCGGUGUGACUAAUAAUGGAUAAGUCGACGACGGCGGACAACAACGAACAAAAUAUACAGCCGGACGUGUUGACGGAGGGCAAGGCAAAGAUUCUGCUGGAGAAAAAGAACGUGUUUUACAAUCCGGUGCAGCAGUUCAAUCGCGACUUGAGCAUAGCCGUGCUCACCGAAUACUCCAAAGAGAGGAGCAACAGUGAGUGUGAGAAAAAGAAAGGUGCCAAGAAUGAGAAUUCAGCGGAAGGCUUAAGGAUAUUAGAAGCUCUGUCGGCAACAGGUCUGCGGAGCAUCAGAUAUGCCAAGGAAGUGCCAGGUAUUAAUAUAAUUGUGGCAAAUGAUAUCUCUGCUCAAGCAGUUGAGGCUAUCAAGAGGAAUGUAGCUUACAACGAGGUUGAAAAUAUUGUACAGCCACACAACGACGAUGCCACGAUGGUUAUGUACCAGAAUAGAAAGACAAAGUUCGAUGUGGUUGAUUUGGAUCCAUACGGCUGUCCAUCCACAUUCCUGGAUGGAGCUGUGCAGUGCUUGAAAGACAAUGGAUUGUUAUUGGUCACUGCCACCGAUAUGGCUGUGCUGGCUGGUAAUUCUCCAGAGACCUGUUACGUAAAGUAUGGUGCUGUGUCGUUGAAGAGUAAAUCUUGUCACGAGAUGGCUUUGAGGAUAUUACUGCAGCACAUUGCUAGUCAUGCUGGAAGGUAUGGAAAAGUCAUCGUGCCAGUGCUCUCUAUCAGUGCUGAUUUCUAUAUCAGAGUGUUCGUCAAACUACAUAGUAGUCAAAUGGCAUGUAAACGCAAUACUAGUAAUUUAGGACUGGUAUAUCAGUGCGUUGGCUGUGAGAGCAUAACAAUUCAGCCACUAGGUACAACAAACGAGAAGAACACGCAUAAAUUACCUCAAGCACCCGUGGUAGAUAAGUUGUGCUCGUUUUGCAAGCACAAGCAUCACAUGGGUGGCCCAAUAUGGACCGGACCUUUGCACAACAAAGAUUUUGUGCAGAAGAUAUUGAACGCAAUAGAUAGUGAAGAGGACAAUCACUUGAAGAAAUUAGCUUGCGUCAGGAGGAUUCAAGGUAUCUUGCACGUGGUGAACGAGGAGCUUGACAUUCCGCUGUACUAUCAGUUAGACAGACUGACGUCCGUGGUAAAACUGCAAGUGCCGCCGAUGAUCCAGUUCCGCUCGGCGAUAUUGAACGCGGGCUACCGAGUGUCAUACUCUCACGCUCACAAAACUUCCAUCAAGACAGAUGCACCCAACCAGCUGAUCUGGGACAUUGUGCGCGCGUUGGAGAGAGGGAAUCCAAUUAAAAGGGAGAAGUUGGAAGCGGCAAGCGCUGGUUUAGCGAUACUCAAUGGCGAAUCCGUCACUCAAGUGUCAUUCCAGAGACACGCCGACGCCGUGCCGUUCUCGCAGAGGCAAAAAUUAACGAGAUUCCAGCUGAACCCGACUGCGCAUUGGGGUCCCGGCACUAGAUCCACGACUAUCAUCCAAGAGCACAGACAGUCAAGUAAGCAGGAGCGAAAUCAGAAUAAGCACAAGAAGAGGAAGAGGGGGGAGGAGGAGGAGGCUGCUGUUGAAAGCUGUCGCGAGGAUAAGAAGACAAGACUUGACGAUGAGAGUGUGGCAUAAAAAACAGUUUUUUUUCUUUUCGUACGUUUGUUGUACAUACACGAAUAAAAUGUUAUUUCACGACGAAAUUCCUUUUCUCUCUCGCGUAAGGUCACACGCACACACACAGACAUACGUCCAUUCGCUCGAGAAUGCAUUUUUCUCCCUUCGGUCGAUCCGCGCACAGCCGCGAGAAACUUCAGAACAACAAUUACGAGUCUGAAAGUUCUGCGCUGCCCGAAAACUUCUGCAUCGACCUCCGCGGAUUUCAAUCUCAUCGAACGGAUUCGAAAAGAAAAAGGAAAGAAAAGGGGAA